AUUUCUUUUUGUAGGAAAACAUUCUAGGUGUAUGGCAUGUUCCAGAAAUGGAUGAUGAUCCUUCAUUUGUAUAUCAGUUACACCAUCCAGAUAGUGUAAAUGAUAUCCAGUAUAUAACACGAGACACUUUUGCCUCUGGUGGUAGUUCAGGAAAUGUCAGACUUUACCAACAUACUUCUGCUGGCCAAUUGGAAGGGAAGUUUGUGUGGGAGAAAAUUCACAAAUUCAUUGGAGGUACAUGUCCAUGCACUGCAUUAGCGAGCAAUGGUGAUCAAAUUGCUUCUGUUGGAGAAGAUGGCAAAUUGGUUAUUCUGAACCCCUCUCAAGAAAGAAUUUCCAGAACUAUCGAAAGUGUUGGUGGAUGCAGUAUAUACGCUGUUAUCUAUGUCCGUGCAAGCGAAGUUUUGACAGCUAACAUGCAGGGCCAUUUGAAACUUUGGGAUCUUCGUGAGGACCAGCCUUCUAAGGCAACAUUGAUUAGUCCUGAUCAGAUUGCAGUUUGUAAUUUAGCAGCUCAUCCAAAUCAGCAACAUAUAGUUGCUUCUGGAGGAGAGGAUGGUGCUCUGACAUUGUGGGAUAUGCGAAAUAUCAACCAGCCUAUAACUGUGAUUGCAGCCCACUGUGGCUCAAUUACUUCAGUCAAAUUUCAUCCAGCAUCUCCUGAGCAUUUAUUUACUUGUGGGACAGAUGGUCAGAUUCUUCACUGGGAUGCUUCUGCCAAUGCUAGACCUUCCAGCAUGCCUUUCAAAAAUAACAGGGAGCCAUCAGGAUCUAGCAUAAGUGUCUGGCUAACUAGUGACGUUGCUCAAGGGAUAAUUGACACAACAAGUAUUAUCCCUCCAUCGCCACUACCCAUCAACUCUGUAGACAUUGAAGGCUCUGUACUCAUUGCAGGUUCAGAUAACGAAGCAGUUUUUACCAUCAGGAAUGUGUUUUUGUGAGAUACAGUCAAGUUAGAAUUUUUCUAAACUAGUGGUUACCUAUAAUAUUAUGUUAUAAUUACAAAUUGUUUUACAUUUUUGUGAAAUUCAAUUCAAAUAUUUUUUAAAAUGUGCUUACAAUGUCAUCUGUAAGUAUUAGAUUGUACUGUAGAAAAUAACUUUGUUUCAGUUCAGCAAUGAGUUCAUCAUUUCAUUCAUUUGAGUGAAUAAUUCAUUGUUAAAUUAAAGUGUUAUACUUGCCUUA